CAUUUCCCAGAGUCCCUCGGGACGGGGCUCGAUAAGGACCUGCCCCUUCCCUGGUCUGGGAAGAGUCGGGGCCAAGAUGGCGACAGGGACGGGCAAACACAAGCUGCUGAGUACUGGCCCCACCGAGCCAUGGUCUAUUCGGGAGAAACUAUGUCUGGCCUCCUCUGUCAUGAGGAGUGGAGAUCAAAACUGGGUGUCAGUUAGCAGAGCAAUCAAGCCCUUUGCUGAACCUGGCCGACCUCCUGACUGGUUUUCUCAGAAACAUUGUGCUUCCCAGUAUUCGGAACUUCUAGAGACCACUGAGACCCCAAAGCGGAAACGUGGUGAAAAGGGGGAAGUGGUAGAAACAGUAGAAGAUGUUAUUGUUCGGAAACUGACUGCUGAAAGAGUUGAGGAGCUGAAAAAAGUAAUUAAGGAGACACAGGAAAAAUACAGACAACUGAAGAAAGAUGCAGAACUUAUCCAAGCUGGACAUAUGGACAACCGACUCGAUGAACUAUACAAUGACAUUGCAAUGAAAAAAAAACUGGAGGAAGAAGAGGCUGAAGUGAAGAGGAAGGCUACAGAUGCUGCAUAUCAGGCUCGACAGGCAGUGAAAACGCCACCUCGGAGAUUACCAAGUGUGAUGGUCCGAUCCCCUGCAGGUUCUACUUCUCCAGGAGGUGACUAUCCAUUGGGUGACUUGACUUCAUCAGCUAUUGAAGAGGCCAGUCCUGGAGUAACCCCUGGGACACUGCCGAGUACCCCAGUUACCUCGUUUCCUGGGAUUCCUGAUACCCCUCCUCCAGGCUCUGCACCCUUAGAAGCCCCCAUGACCCCAGUCACAGAUGACUCACCCCAGAAAAAGAUGCUUGGACAGAAAGCAACUCCACCCCCCUCCCCUCUGCUGUCAGAGCUCUUGAAGAAGGGCAGCCUCCUGCCUACUAGCCCCAGACUGGUCAGUGAGAGUGAGAUGACUGUGGCUUCUGGCCACCUAAACAAUGCAGGUGUUCUUCUAGAGGUAGGCGGGGUCCUUCCUAUGAUGCAUGGAGGGGAAAUGCAGUCAACACCCAGCACUGUUGCAGCCUCUCCUGCUGCAUCAGGUGCUCCUACUCUUUCCCGGCUUUUAGAAGCUGGUCCUACACAGUUCACCACACCUCUCACUUCCUUCUCUGCUGUUGCCAGUGAGUCUCCAGCUAAACUUCUACCACCCCCUGUAGAGUCUGUACCCCAAGCUACCAUUGUUAUGAUGCCUGCAUUGCCAGCGCCAUCCUCUGCUACAGCUGCCGCCACAUCAGAAAGUGUAGUUCCAGUAAGUCAGCCUGACACUCGGGUACCUAUGGAGGCUGUGAGCGAUCAGCAUACUGUGACUGUUUCCAUGGACAGCAGUGAAAUCUCCAUGAUCAUCAACUCUAUCAAAGAGGAAUGUUUCCGAUCUGGGGCAGCUGAGGCCUCUGGAGGAUCAAAAGCCCCCAGCAUUGAUGGAAAAGAAGAUUUGGACCUGGCAGAGAAGAUGGACAUUGCUGUAUCUUACACAGGAGAAGAGCUGGACUUUGAGACUGUGGGAGAUAUCAUUGCCAUCAUUGAGGACAAAGUUGAUGAUCAUCCAGAAGUCUUGGAUGUGGCUGCUGUAGAAGCUGCCCUGUCAUUCUGUGAAGAAAAUGAUGACCCCCAGUCCCUGCCUGGCCCUUGGGAGCAUUCUCUUCAACCAGAGCAAGAGAAGCCAAUCCCUGCUCCCUCAGCAGACAUGACAGUCAAGCAAGAGAGGCUUGACUUUGAGGAGUCAGAGACCAAGGCAAUCCGUGAUCUGGUAGACAUUGUGGAACCAAGUGCUGAGAUCAAAGUUGAACCAGUAGAGCCGGAGCCCAGUAUUCCCAGUCCUGAAGCAGCAGCUGGAGUUGUUAUAACAGCAAACUCAGAGCCACCUGAGCUUAGAAGUCAAGAUGUAGAAGAGGAACCUAGAGGUGGUGUUGCUGUUGCUGCUGCCACUGCCACCACCAGUGCUGUUGCCACCGCUGCCACCACUGUUACCACUGCUGCUGCGGUGGCUGCGGCUGCAGCAGCUGUGGCAGCAGCCACAGCUGCCGCCGCAGCAGAAAUUCCUGAAGUGGAGACCUUGAUUGGGAAAGUUGAUGAGCCCUCACAUCCUACAGUAAAGAUAGAGGCUUCUCCUGAAAGCGUGAUAUCUUUCCCACAUGUUCAGAAUCCCAAUGAAGAUCCUUCAGAGACAGAUAAUCAGCACAAGUUUGAGUUGUCAGAUUCAAUGAAAGAAGAAUCGGGAACUAUUUUUGGAAGCCAGAUAAAGGAUGCCCCCGGUGAGGAUGAAGAUGAAGAUGGGGCCAGUGAAGCAGCUAGCUUAGAAGAACCCAAGGAAGAAGAUCAGGGAGAGGGUUAUCUGUCUGAAAUGGAUAAUGAGCCUCCUGUGAGCGAGAGUGAUGAUGGCUUUAGUAUUCAUAAUGCUACUCUUCAGUCCCACACUUUAGCAGACUCCAUCCCCAGUAGCCCUGCGUCUUCACAAUUUUCUGUUUGUAGUGAGGAUCAGGAAGCAAUUCAGGCCCAGAAAAUAUGGAAGAAAGCUAUCAUGCUGGUAUGGAGAGCUGCUGCCAAUCACAGGUAUGCCAAUGUCUUCUUGCAACCUGUCACAGAUGAUAUAGCACCUGGUUACCAUAGCAUUGUACAGAGGCCUAUGGAUUUGUCAACCAUUAAGAAGAACAUUGAGAAUGGGCUAAUAAGGACAACAGCUGAAUUCCAGCGAGACAUCAUGCUGAUGUUCCAGAAUGCUGUGAUGUACAAUAGCUCUGACCAUGAUGUCUACCACAUGGCUGUAGAGAUGCAGAGGGAUGUUUUGGAACAAAUCCAGCAAUUCCUGGCCACACAACUGAUCAUGCAGACAUCAGAGUCUGGAAUCAGUGCCAAAAGCCUUCGAGGGAGGGAUUCUACCCGCAAACAGGAUGCUUCAGAGAAGCGUGGUGGACGUUUUCUCCCAAACCAAACAUUGAAGAAGCCGGGAGUGACUGAGAGAGACAGAUCCAGUCACUUGGGGGAAACCGACAGUGUCCCCAUGGGCUCUCCUGCCUUCCUUCUCUCUCUCUUUAUGGGGCAUGACUGGGUUUGGUUGGAUUCUGAACAAGAUUAUCCUAAUGAUUCUGAGCUGAGCAACGACUACAGGUCCCUCUUCAGCUCAUGGGACUCCAGUCUGGAUCUUGAAGUGGGCAACUGGAGGGAAACAGAAGAGCCAGGAGCAGAGGAGCUAGAGGAGAGCAACUUAGGCAGAGAGUCCAGUGACCCUCUUAUGGGGGAUGGAGGCAGUGAGGAAUCCCAGGAAGAGACAGAACAAUUCAACCAUCAGAACCUCCUUCAUUUCCUCUCUGAGGUAGCCUACUUGAUGGAGCCACUGUGCAUCAGCAGCAAGGGAACAAGUGAGGGCUGCAGGUCUCAGCCUGGCUCUAGGAAGCAAGAAGGAAGGGAAACUCAAGAUGUUGAGGGAGAGACAGGGGAGCCAUGCAGGGAGAUGGAGGAGUUUCCAGCCAUGGGGAACGGCUCAGUAGCACAGAAGGAAUUGGAGGGAAAAAAUGAGAGGCCAGAGAUGGUCCCAGUUCCCUCAGAUAUAUGUGAAGUUCAGGGGCCACUCCCAGAGAGUAAAGAGGGGGGGACAAAGGAAGAACCCAAAGAAGAAAAAAGUGAAGGAUGUGUCUCUGAGGUAGAGAGCAAACCGCCUUUGGGUGAGUGUGAUGAUGGCCUCAACAUUAAGGAGACUCCAUUGGUGGAUUUAAUUUUCAGCAAUGCCUCUUCCUCCAAGAUGACUGAUCCAAACCAGGGUGAUCCUGUCAAGGAACAGCUGCUAUUCAAGAAAACCCUUCUUCCAGUCUGGAAAAUGAUUGCCAGUCACAGGUUCAGCAGUCCAUUUCUGAAACCUGUGUCAGAUAGGCAAGCUCCGGGGUACAAGGAUGUGGUGAAAAGACCUAUGGACUUAACCAGUUUGAAGAGGAGCCUUUCUAAGGGACGUAUCCGCAGUAUGGCCCAGUUCCAGCGUGACUUGAUGUUGAUGUUCCAGAAUGCUGUAAUGUACAAUGACUCUGACCAUCAUAUUUACCACAUGGCUAUAGAGAUGCAAAAAGAGGUCCUAGAGCAGAUCCAGAUCUUGCAGGUUUCCUGGAGCAAUUCCCCAAGCCACAAGUCAACAGCCAUUGGGAGGAGAAACUGCAGCCAAACUUCUAAACAAGAAGCUAUAGCCAUUGAAUAUUUUCAGGCAGCUGCUUUUGCUCAUAUAAAUUUGACAUCAUUCCAUCUUUGCCCAUUCCCAAGGUGUGUAGCAGUCAGAAAAAGACCUGCAUGCGAAGACUGUAUGCCUUGGUUGCAUUGAAUUUUUUUAAUUAAUAAAAAGUUGUUAGCUGGAGAAGGGGAAAGGAUAAGUAGCUAGCUGCUUUCACUAUUGUGCAGACAUCCAAUGCUUUUGAGAUUGACGAUUUUUUCUCCUCUUUGCCUGGCACAGGUGCUAAGUAUUUGUUUGGUUAGACAGAAGAAGAAACUUGAGUGAUGUGGACUGAUUAACCAGGGAACCACAGAGAGCCUUUGGGCUUCCAGCCGGAUGGCUCCCCAAGCCUGACCUUGACUUCUGACCUCAGCUCUGACCGGGCCGAGGCUGUUCUGGAGUCAGGGACUUUACGCUUGGCCCUGACCUGGAUCGUAUCUCAGAGGUUGUUCGAGUUGAGUUAUCCUUUGUUUGUAAGAUUGAGAGGCCUUAAGUCACCCAAGAGAAGCCCGGGAUGUUUUUAGUCAGGGACCCCGGAGGAGCGGGCAGGUCUGUGGCUUGUGCCUCAGUCCAUAGGCUUCCUGCUUCCACCUGGCUUCUUGUGUGACCGACCUUAGAAUAAACGUUGUUUAACAAA